GAAAAAAGUCGAAAAAAGUUUACAUAGUGAAUAAAAAUUCUAUAAUUUUUAUAGACACCAAUACAUUUUUUAUUUUAACCAACCCUAUGAGUAUAAUGAAGUCUGCAUAAUAAAUACCAGAAACCUAGAUGAAUAAGAAAAUAUUUUAAUGUCAUUAAAAAUGACUGAUUAUUCUGGCUUAAAUAGGAAUUCUGAAGUUAGAUCUUCUGGAAGUAGCCUUAUAAGUAAUAGUAGUAUUCGUAUGUCUACUUUACCUAUAACAUCAGUUGAAGAUGGAAAAUCUAGAUUUCCAAAACUUGAAGAAUGUGCACAUUUUCAUUAUGAGCAUGUUGAUCUUGGUUUUUUAAAACUUGAAUUUAUUGAAGAUGACAUUCAAAAAUGUAUUUCUGUUGAUGAUAAUUUUUGGUUUACCAUAAAAGUUAAUUCACAAAGUUCAGUUUGGGUUUUAAAACGAUCAUAUGAAAAUGCAAAAACUUUAGAUCGCCAAUUACAUAAAUGUGUUUAUGAUAGAAAAUUUAGUUUACUUCCUGAAUUACGAUCUAUUCCAAAUAAUUGUGAAAACCCAAAUAAAUAUAUUAAAAAUUUAAUGAGCAAUUAUUGUUCAAGAUUAUCUCAAAUAGCUACUGGUAGUCUAAUUAACUGUGGGCCCAUAUUAAGUUGGUUUGAAUUAGAUAAUCGUGGUCACCAUUUAUUAGUAGCUGAUGGAGAUCAAUGUGCAAUUAAUACUCCAGCUGUAGCUGCUGCUUAUUCUGUGAGAAAAUACACAGCGAAUGCCACAGAUGAAUUAUCUUUUGAUGUUGGAGAUAUUAUAUCUGUUAUUGAUAUGCCACCACCAGAAGAUAGUACCUGGUGGAGAGGGAAACAUGGGUUUCUUGUUGGAUUUUUUCCAUCUAAUUGUGUGGUAGUUAUUACAGAUAAAGUACCAAGAAAUUUAUAUGUUAAUCCUCAAAUGAUAUGUUUUUCUGAACCAUCCAAACCUGUAUUAAGAAAACAUGGUAAACUAAUUUCAUUUUUUCGAUCAUUCAUACUAUCACGGCCAACCAGAAGAACUUUAAAACAAUCAGGAAUUCUAAAAGAAAGAGUUUUUGGAUGCGAUUUGGGAGAACACUUAUUAAAUUCAGGAAAAGACUUUCCUGAUGUUUUAACUAGCUGUACAGAAUUUAUUGAAAAAUUUGGGAUUGUUGAUGGGAUUUACAGACUUUCUGGUGUUACUUCAAAUAUUCAAAAAUUAAGAUCAACUUUUGAUGAAGAUAAAAUUCCAGAAUUGUGGGAAGAUGAAUCAAUAAAACAAGAUAUACAUAGUGUUGCUUCUCUUUUGAAAUUAUAUUUUAGAGAACUACCAAAUCCAUUAUGCACAUACCAGUUGUAUGAUUCUUUUGUAAAUGCUGUGCAAGCAAUACCUGAAAAAAGUACAGAAGAUAAAUUGCGUCUAAUGCGCGAAACUGUACAAAAAUUACCCCCACCUCAUUUUAGGACUUUGGAAUAUUUAAUGAAACAUUUAUCUAGAGUUGCAUCUCUUGGUAAAAAAACUGGAAUGACAGCUAGAAAUAUUGCAAUAGUGUGGGCACCAAAUUUACUGAGAAGUAAACAAUUAGAAACUGGUAGUGGUGUUGCUGCUUUGCAUGGUGUUGGUAUUCAAGCAGUAGUUACUGAAUUUUUAAUUUUAUAUACAGAGUACAUUUUUAGUUUAACAUGUAACGUUGGAUCUUCAUUACCUCCAUUACAAGGAUCUCUAAAAAAGUCUAGACCAAAAUCUUUAGCAAUUUCUACUCAUACAAAACUUUUAACUCUUGAAGAAGCUCAAAACCGCGUAAAAAAAAGUGAUACUAAUUACAUAGAAGUUGGUGGUGGACCUUCUUGUCUUCCUCAAAAAUAUCAUACAAUCAUUGAUUUACCAUCAAAACGACAUAAUAUUAAUAAAAGACGCUCACCUUUAAGAUGGAAAUCAUUUUUCACUCGUGGAGGCAGUAGUGUUUCACUUGGUGUUAUGCCCUCCCGUAAAAAAUCUGAACCUACCUUAACACCAUUUAAAACUGCAAAGUCUAAAAAUGGUAUGGAAAAAUCCAUUGAAAGAAAUAUUGACAUUCCAGAUUCUCCUAAAUCUAAAAUUUCUAGUGAAACCAUGUCGCUUAAAGAAAUUAAGAGUACCCCACCAUGUUCAUCACCUCUUAUAUGUGGUUCUAUUAUAAAUGGUCACAAUCGUUCAGUUUCUCAUGACUCAUAUUUUGAUCAACUUGCUGAUCAAGAAGAGUUAGAUGAAUCACUAGCCCAUCAUGCUAGUCAAGAAGAUUUAAGUGAUUUACAAGUAAAUUUUGAUUUGGAUGAAUCAGAUUUAAGAGUUUUUUCUGAUGAAGAUACAACUAAUAUUUUCAGUGAUCGAUCAAGCAUUGAAAAUAUUCCUAUCAUUAAUGACAACAUUCUAAAUAACAGUAGUAAACGACUUCCAAUUUUAGCACACCCAGAAGAUUUGCUUAGUAAUGAUCCAUCACCAAAAAAAAAAAAAACUGGUGACUCUAUUAAGAAUGAUGAUUUUACUAAGAACAACCGAUUAUCGUACUUGGAAGAACGUUUUGCUUCAUCUGAUAUUCGUUUUAUUGAUAGUCAAUCACCUGAACACAUGACUGUCUCGGUUGAUGUUCAUUUAAGUUGUGACCAAAUAAUGACUGAUAUUGAAAAUAAUAAAACUGAAACUAGUUCUUUUUCUUCAAUUGCUACUCCAACUCAUUCAUAUCAUCUAUUAUUAGAAGAAAAUUGUAGUGAAUACUGCACAACAUUUGGUUGUCAGGAUGACUUCAAGGUUCCUAAACAAAAAGAAAAUAUCUUCCUUAUUACACCUCGAAACCGUUUGAGUUUUCAAGGUGAUGAACGUAAUAAAAUGUUAUCUAAUGAUCGGCACAGCUUUCAAGAAAUAAAAUAUAGAAACUCAAAAACAUGCAAUAAUCAUGAUCUUCAUGAUACUUUAAGUAAACAAAAAACAUCAGAAGAUAUAAAUUUAUCUACAUUUUAUGAAAAAAAUGUACCAAAAUUAUUAAAAAAUCCUUGUGAAAUAAAAGAAGACAUAACUCAAGAACAAUUUAAUAAAAGUAGCUCAAUAUUAGAUAAUGAUGAUUUAAACAAUGAAGAAAACAUUUAUUUGUCUAAGUACUCCAGUUCAGGUGAUUCACUCGAACAAAGAAAAUCAAAUGAUAGUAUAAACUAUGAAGUAUUAAUGACCACUAGUACAGAAUCUAACAAAUCUAGUCAUCAUGAAAUGUCAAUUUCUCCAGAGGAGAGUGAAGAGUUAAACAAAUUACAAAUAUGUACAAAACCUGAAUUCUUGUAUGAUAAUUAUGAAAAAUCUACUACAAACAUUGUUUGUGAUUUAAUACCUGAUGAAGGAGCAGAACUUUUAAUACAAGAUAUAUCAAGUUCCAAUAAUGAUUAUAAUGAACCAGCUGAACAAGCAAGAACUGAAGGUGAAGAAUUCACUUGUAAUAUUGGAACAAGUUGCUGUAAAUUUGAAUCAAAAAUUGGGAGAGAUUUUGAACAUGAAAAACAAAUAAAAAAAGAAUUAAUGGAAAAUGCAAGUAGCACAGGAAACAAGGAAAGUAUUAUCAAUGUACAAGAAUUAAUGUAUAAAUUUGAUGUAAAUAAAUCAAUGAAAAAUUGUCCAACCUGGAUAAAAAAUCGCCGACUAAGAAAUAACUGUCAAAAAAUUAAUACUAUAGUUUCAUCAGAUACAUUUAAUAUGCCUUCUGAUGAUAAGAUAAAACAAGUUACAGUAUUUGAAAAUGUCAUAAAUUUAGACUCUGAAUAUCACAUGUUUGAAUCUUCUAGUGAUAUUGAUACUCUUCGUAGAGAAAGAAUAGAUCGAUAUAAAGAAGAACGGCGUCAAGCUCUUCGUGAGCGUUUUAAAACAACUGAAUGUACAUUAAAUGAUGAUGAUGUUAUUAAAAGAUUAAGAGCCAAAACUUUAAAAACAUUAGAUGAAAAUACUGAUGAUAAAUCUUAUUUAAAUACACUUGAAAAAAAUCUAGUAAAAAUAACCAGUUAUAACGAACAAGAAAAUUUAACCAGCAACACUGAAAAAAAAGAUUGGUAUACAAGAAGUUUAGAACGUCAAAAAAAUAUUGGUGGAAAAAACAUUGGUUUUGUAAAAUUAAGAGUCAAUCAAUUAAUUGAAAACAGUAAUAUAUCUACUGAUAACAAUAAUCAAAGUAUCCUUAAAACAAAUAUAGAUACAUCAUCUACCAUACCUUAUGGNAUCUACUGA